AUGUCAACGUCACAGCAAGUACUCAAAUUGAAAAGGAUAGUAUGGACGGGUGCAAUUGCAUCAGUUACAGUCGUGGGCACAAUAUAUGGUGCUGGGUUGAAAACGCAGGGAGAACAAAAACAGCAAAUUCGCAAAGUCCGCGAGGCCCCAAUCUCUGAACGAAUUUCCCAUCUCGAAGAACAGCGAGGAGUAUUGGUGGGUAAAAGAAUGGGGUUGCAAAAGAAAAUUGAAGAAUCACAAAUGAGGAGGAAUGGGGCAACGGUUGAAGAAAGCACCAGAGGAAUGGAGAGGAAGAGGGGAGAAAAUGUUGGGUUGACGAUGGAGGGGGAGAGGAAGACGACAAGGGUGGACAUGGAGGAUAAUUUGCGGGUGGUGGGGGUAGAGACGGAGAUUGAAGAGGGGAAAAAGGGAAGAGAGAGGAAGAGGACUUGGUGGUGA